ACUCCAGCGAACGGUAUGGCAGACACCAGAAGUGCGACGGAUGAAAUGGUCGGAUCGCCAGAUACAACACCAAUCAGUCCGGGCGCUAAGGGCAAAGCAAGCCCCAGUGGCAGCACAACAACAUCCAGCUGGUGGGGCUCCUGGAUCGAUACGGCGCGCUCUAAGUCAGCAUCGGUGCUGGAAGCGGUCAAAAAUGAUCUAACAGAAUUGUCAACGGUCGUAAAGUCGGAAGCGACCAGCGCUUCCGAAGCGCUCGGUCGUACGCUCAGCCUGGGCGAACCGGACUCUACCGUCGGUGCGAUGAAGAAAAGUUUCAGUAGUUUCCUGGGCCAGGUGACGGAGGCACUGGUACCGUCUCUGGAGGAUGACGAAGAAACGGAAGCGAUAUUGAUAACGGCGGACGGCACCGUAACACUAACCGGAUUCCAUAAACACCUGGCAGAGCUGCAGGCCCGAGACGACACGUACCUGGACGAACCGGCCGACGAACUACGCGAGAAGUACAAGCGCUGGAUGGAGGUGGUGGAGCAAGAACAGUUUACCGAGCCGCGGCUGGGCAAGCAUUUGGCCAGCAGUACGAUACUGAACGACAAGUACGUGACGCUCGUACCGAACCGAGUGGCGCAUAUGGAGUUUUGGAAGAGGUAUCUGUUCAAGAAAGCGCUGCUCGAGGACGCGAUCGCUAACGCGGAUAUGGCCGAGCGGAAGGCGAAGGCGGCUGCUGCAUCAGCGGAAACGGUGGCUCCGAGCAAAACGAUCGUACAAACUGCGCAACCAAGACGCACGAUCGAAGAGGAGGAAGAACCUGCGGAAGAAGAAGGACAAUAUCCGGCGGCGGAUGAUAUUGCCUGGGCGGAAGUGCCUGAGUUUGAUGCCACAAACAUCGAGCUGUCGGAGGAGGAGCAGGCGCGACUGCUGGAGGAGUACGAGCAGGAGAUCCGGGAACGUGAAAAGUCAGUGUCCGGCAGCGUAGGUCGGCUUGAGCUUGUCGACGAGUCGCUGCUAGUGCAGUCCGACAUCGAGGGGACACCGCAGAAGACAACACCUGCCACUAGUGUGAGUAAGCCACAAAAGAAGGACGCCAACGCCAAGGGACCGCAGCCGAAGGUCGGUGGCAAACCGGAAGCAGCAAACAGUAACCAACAGCCGACGGCCAGCAAAGCGAACACACAGAAGCAGCAACAGCAGCAGAAGCACCAACAGGGAAACAAGUCGUCCGGCGGAGCAACGGGAAAGAGUGUAAAUAAGAGCGCGCCUGCCAGCGGUAAAAAGGGCAGUCCGGCUGGGCAACCUUCGGGUGGAGCGAAGAAGGAUCAGCUCAAGAUCGACAAGAACCACUUCACGAAGGAAGCGGAAGCGUCCUCCUCGAACUCGGACGAAAGCUGGGAGAAGGAGUUUGAGCUCGAAUGAGACGAACCGAUCGAUCUGCGUCGCGAGUUGGCCGAGUGCGCCGAUUGGUCGUAAUUCGUACUUUUGUUUCAUUUACAUGCAUAGCUUUGGCUCUUCUCGGUUCCGAGAGUGGGUCAGAUUCAGGUUUUGAAGGACGCGGGUAGAAAGGCCCAUUUUUAUUCCCUUCGCGUGUAUGUUAACACGGUUCCAAGUGCCGUCGGGGAACUCGAUACAAAUGACUCUGUGCAAUUGAGGGGCGGCGGACAGUGAGCAGUAUAUUUGUUUAUUUUGCGGAGGGAGGGCGAUUUUUGACGCACGUUUAAGAUUAUGGCAAGGCAAGCGAGCAUCAAUUUGGGAAAAAAGCCAGAAGAGAAAGUUCUGAUCGCCGACCCGGCAUUCAAUUUGCGCCACGCCAACAACUAUUGAUCACGAUCACGUGGACAAAAGCUGCAACUUUCGCCAAGUCCAAAGGUGCCCCCAUUAAAUCGUGUAUAGUUUUAUACAACAUUUAUCCUAGACAAUUAUCUACACGUUUAGCUGUGUUUAACUGCCCGUGGCUGCUUCUUUCGGCACUAGGGGUUCGUUGCAUAAAACGAAUUUUAACCGCAGUUAGCGCAGGAGACACGGAACGACGCAACGAAUCGGAAUCGGGUGUGAAUUAGUGUACCCUUCCAUCCUUCCCGCGUUGUGAAGUCAGAGAAUGUCACCUUCCGGUUAACCUACUUAAAGCACCGAUCGCGAGUGACGAAUCGGUUAGCAACAAUCGUGCAACAAAUACGGGAAAUCAGACGUAGAAUGCUAGCAAUGGUUGAAUGUUUUUCUUUAAGUUUUAGUUUAUUCCAUCGCAAACCAGCUCCUUCUCUCUCUUGUACCCUCAUUACCAAUUCCGUGUUCCGUUGUGUACAUCUCUGGUGAAAACGUGAUCGUGACUGACGAAAGCAAAUACAAGUACGAACUCCAAUGGGGUGGAAGGCAACUGGAAGCGGUUGCUUUCGUUCGAACCGUCGUCACAAUAAUUUGAUAAAUAAAGUAAAUCGUAU